AUGCCUGCGCGGCGGAAUCACAGAGGAUCAUCUCGGAUUGACUGUAGUGAAUGCAAGUGUCGACGGACUGGGGACAGGUCCCAGUCUUCUCAUUUAUUUGUCCUAUCGCGAUACAGGUGCUCGAGGACCAAAGCUCGUCUAUAUACAUCGUCUUCCUUAUCUUUUACCGAAACAUCGUCACCAACUACCAGCCACUAUCUUUCCUCUCGAUACAGAAUCAUGAUGGAAGACAUCAAUGCUGUCUCUACACCUAAAGAGCUCAAUAUGGAAGAAUUAGAGCUCAUGGUCCAAUGGUGUACGGCAACGUAUCGCUCUAUCUCCCGAGAUGACACGGUUGACUGGAUAUGGCGUGUCGUCGUGCCUCGAGAAGCGAUGCACUACCCCUUCCUAAUGCAUGGUAUUCUCGCACUGUCGGCGCUCCACCUCGCAUUCAAUAAUAGCGGUACUACCAAGGAAAGCUACUUGAUGAUAGCACGGUCUUAUCGGAGCCAGGCCCGGGUCGGCCUGGAAAAGGUGAAGGGUAAACUGAACGACUCCAAUUCAAACGCAGUGUUUGCUCUUUACCAUAUAUCAAUCGUGUCUGCCUUCGCUCUUCCUCUCACCAUAGAACCGCAUCAAGAUCAAACCCCCUUAGACGAGCUUUGCGAAGUAUUCCGACUCACCAAAGCAUUAGGGGAUUCCAUACCAGCGAUCAUCGACCGGGUCAAAAUAGGGGAGAUGAAGGAGUUAGUUGAAUCCAGCGAUCCGCCACCGCGCAUGCCCGACACUUCACGGCUCGCCAUAAUGGCGCUCAACAGAAUGAACGCGGCCUUGGCCCGGCAGGACCCGGAGCAUGAGAGUGAUGUUUAUAGCCCCACCAUUAAGUACUUGGGAGAAUCGCUGGACAAGCUUGCAAGAGGCGGAGAGAUCAUGAUUGUCGCAUUUCAGUGGAUCUUUCAGAUUCCACCGCGAUUCAUUGACUUGCUUAGAGAACGACAGCCGUUCGCUCUAAUUGUCGUCGGUCAUUUUGCCGUGAUUCUUCACUCCUUAAGAGAACAUUGGUGGAUGGGUGAAUGGGGAGCUAGACUGAUUAGGCAAGUUGGCCAACAACUCGACACGGAAUCGAAGCAGUCUAUGGACUGGGUUCUCGAUGCUACGGGAUGCUAUAUUCCUCCGCGGUGA